GCGCCCAGCCCGGCAAAAUUGUCUUCCUCCUUCCCUCUCCCCCGCUCUCUCCGAUGGACCGAGCUUUAUUAAACCCACCAAACUCUUACCAAAUUUAAAGUUCAAUAAAAAGCGGCCGUCAGACCCAAAGGAAAGCCACUCGUAAACCCUCCUCGUCGCCCUCCCCCAAUGACCCGAACCCCCUCCCCGGAGUCCGCCGGCGAGGAGGAGAAGACCGCCGAAACCUGGCCGUCCGGCGGAGGGGGCACGGCGAUGCGGCUCGUGGUCCCACUCCAGGGCGUGGUCCAGGGCCGGGGGGGCCUCGUCCUCGGCUCCCUCCUCCCCUGCGCCCUCUUCUACGUCCUCCAGCUCUACCUCAAGCGCAAGAACCGCUCCUCCUCCUCCUCCUCCGCGGCUUCCGCAGCCGCCAGCGUCUCUGAGCUCCCCAAUGGUAUUCCCCGGACCACCUCCCGGGGUAUCCUCUCUUCGAAAACCUCCGUCGGCCCGGCACCGAUCUCCUCCCGGGCCUCCUCCGUCGCCGGACCCAGUGAUUCCCCGUACUAUGUUGGCUAUAAGAAGUGCCUGGAGGACCCCUACCAUCCCGCUUCCAAUUCCGAUGGCGUCAUGCAGCUCGGAUUGGCCGAGAACCAGUUGUCGCUGGAUUUGCUCCGCGAUUGGCUUGCUGAGAAUUUGAAGGAUCUGGCGCUGGAUGGCGAGGAGGGAAAUUUGAGUAUCAGUGGCUUGGCAACUUAUCAGCCGUUUGAUGGAUUGAUGGAAUUGAAGAUGGCUGUGGCUGGAUUUAUGAGUCAUGUCAUGCAACGAUCAGUCUCAGUUAAUCCAUCAAGAAUCAUAUUGGCAGCAGGUGCAACUCCUGCAAUUGAGACCCUCAGUUUCUGUCUUGCAGACCCUGGAGAUGCGUUCCUUGUACCUUCACCAUAUUAUCCAGGAUUUGAUAGGGAUAUAAAGUGGCGAACUGGCAUAGAUCUAAUACCUGUACCGUGCCGAAGCAUUGACAACUUUAGUUUGAAUAUCGCCACUCUUGAAAGAGCAUAUAAUCAGGCAAAGAAGCGAGGCAUAAAGGUCCGUGCUGUUCUUGUUUCAAACCCCUCCAACCCUGUGGGCAAUCUACUGAAUAGGGAAACACUCUAUGAUCUUCUUGACUUUGCCACUGCAAAGAAUAUCCAUCUGAUUUCUGAUGAAGUAUAUGCCGGAUCAAUCCACGGAAAUGUAGAAUUUGUUAGCAUUGCAGAGGUUCUUCAGACACAAGAUUUUGACAGGAGCAGGGUUCAUAUAAUAUAUGGGCUGUCAAAAGAUCUCUCUCUUCCGGGCUUCAGAGUGGGAGUCAUCUAUUCCUUUAAUGAACAUGUACUGGCAGCUGCUUCAAAAUUUGCAAGAUUCUCGUCCAUUUCAGCUCCCACUCAGCACUUGCUGGUCUCAAUGCUUGCAGAUUCAAAAUUUAUUACUAGGUAUAUCAUGCAAAACAAAACGAGGCUUCAGAAAAUGUAUGCUUUGUUUGUGAAUGCGCUCAAACAGUUAGGUAUUGAGUGUGUAAAAAGCAGUGGUGGAUUUUACUGUUGGGCAGACAUGAGCAAGUUCAUUCGACCAUACAGCGAGAAAGGGGAGCUCGAGCUGUGGGAUAAACUGCUUAAUGUAGCUAAGAUUAAUAUAACACCUGGAUCAUCAUGCCACUGUAUCGAACCUGGAUGGUUUAGGUGUUGUUUUACAACAUUGUCGGAGGGUGAUAUACCUGUAGUUAUCCAACGCAUGAUGAUAGUUAUUAAUAGCCAUAACAAUCGUCGUUGAAAUGCUAGAAGGUGACUUCCAUGAUACAUCAAUUAGGUCUGUGAUUUUUUAUUAUUCUGACUCAGCAAGAUUUCUGCCAUAGAUAGCAGGGGUGAUGGUAAUUAUCUCUCAAUACUGCCAUCUAUUUUGCCAAUCCUAGAAAUAGGCAGGUGAAUAUGUUGUUGAGCUCUCAGCUCUGGAAUCACUACAUGGAAGCAUACAGGUUGAGGUGCAGGGUGAGAUAUAACUAAUCUUAGAUGAUCCUUGAGUAGGUCCUGUGGUGAUCAAUCUCCUGCUUUGACAGUUGCUGAUAAAUACAUUGUUUUUGUUGCUGCUGGUGCUGAAUGGAAAGCAUAUAGGCAGAAUCUUCUUUAUGAAUACCUGCAACGGUGGGAGGAAUCAUGAGCAGUCUCUAUAUUUCUACUGUAUGAGCAACCAGUCCAGAAGUUCUCUGCUGUAUGCGGAAUAUAUGAUGCUUAAGGGAAAUAUAAAAAUCGAUUGUCUCCAGAUAGAUUGCAGUUCAAAUUCUCUGAUAUGAUAUGUGCUGACAUUCGUACUUCAAGCAGCUACUAGUGAUAGACCAAGUCCAUUCAACAGGGCUACAGACCCAGACAUUUUAUAGUGGCUGAGCUGAGCUCCUAAUCUAUGAACUUUCUUUGGCUA